AUGGUUUCCAAGACUUUCAUGAUCGCGGCGAUGAUCGCCUACGUCGAGGCCCGUUUCGGUCAGGAGCAAGUCCCUAUCAAUGCUAUCAGCAGUGUUCAGGGUGGUGAUGCUGGUGCUGCUUCUACUAUUGCUGGUGCGGCCAUCUCUGACCUGCUUGGUGGAGCAAACUCUUGCGACAAGCUCGUCCGUGCUGACCAGAUCUUCACUGAACUCGGUGGAGGUGCCGAUGCCCUUACUGCCGCUAUUGGCAUGGUUACCGCAGAGAAGAACACUAACCCCUUCGCUGGCGGUAACGCCCAGAACGUCUGUGGCGAUGCUUCGCUCCCUGUCACUCCUGAGCUUCGUGGUAUUACCCCUCUCAUCGACCCCGAUGUCGAUGUCAACGGUGAUGCUGCGGCCCUUAGUCAGAGCAGUGCUGCUUCUCCUCUUGCUGCCGAUGGCCUGAGUGUCUUUGAUCUCAUGGACCAGGCUGGUCUCGGUGAUCUCGUUGUCAGCCAGGCUUCUGCCGGUGGUGCUGCUGCGGGAGGUGCUGCUCAAGGUGGAAACCAGGCGGCUGCCGGUAAUGGCAACGCGGGUAACGCUGCGAAUGGCAAUGCUGGCAACGCAAACAACAACGGCAACGCAAACAACAACGGCAACGCAAACAACAACGGCAACGCAAACAACAACGGCAACGCAAACAACAACCAGCAACAGCAAGGUUCCGCCGCUGGUAACGCUACUGACAAUGCUGGUAACGAUGCCGCUGCUGGUAACAACAAUGCCAACAACAACAACAACAACAACCAGAAUGCCAAUGCUGGUAACAACAACAAUGCUAACGCUGGUAACAACAACAAUGCCAAUAACAACGGCAACGCUGGUAACAACAACAACGCCAAUAACAACGGCAACGCUGGUAACAACAACAACGCCAAUAACAACGGCAACGCUGGCAAUGACAACGCAACCAACAACCAGAACGACAACCAAAACGGCAACAACCAGCAAAACGGCAACAACAACGCUGGUAACAACGCUGGUAACAACGCCAACAACCAGAACAACAACCAGCAAGAUGCCGCAGCAGGAAACGAUAACAACAAUGCCAACGCCGGUGCUGAUGCUGGCAACGCAGCCGGAGGAGCAGCCGGAGCCGGAGGUGAAGAUUUCGGCCUCUGCACACCUACCAUAACCUUCCAAGGCGGCGAGAACGGUCGUGCAGCUGACGAAUUCACCUUCCAGAUCGCCGACCCCCUAGCUCGCGGCGGUCAAGGAGAAGCCCUGAAUCCCGACAUCAUCACCAACGCUCUUUGCAACCAACUGACCAAUGUCUGCGAGGCAAACGACGCCGCUGUUGCCACAUGCGAAAGUGCUGCUGCCGCUGUUAAGGGUGGAGAUAGGAACAAGGCUUUGGCGGAUCAGUUCAACAGCCUCAUUGGAUUCCCAGGUGCAGUCACAAACCCUGAUGGUGGGCCUGAGGAUGUUGCUGCUGCCGGUGCGGGUGCUGCUAAGGCGAGGAAGAUGCGCAGGGGACUCAGGAUGUAA